AUGGGUUCCUCGACGGCGCAGCAGAAGCCGCACGUCGUGCUGGUGCCGUUCCCGGCGCACGGCCACGUCGCGCCGCACGUGCAGCUCGCGCGCGCCCUCCACGCCCGCGGCGUCCACGCCACGCUCGUCCACACCGAGCUGCACCACCGCCGCCUGCUGCAGGCCGCCAAGGCCGCCGCCGACGAUGCUGCCACGGCGGCGCCGGCGGACGAGGCCUUCGCCGUCGAGGUCAUCCCGGACGGGCUGUCGCUCGACGACCCGCCGCGCACGCUGCGGGCGGCCCACGAGGCGAUGGAGCGCAACUGCCUGGAGCCGUUCAAGGCGCUGCUGCGUGACCUGCUGCUGGGAACCGGCAGGCCCGGCGUGCCGCCGGUCACCUGCGUCGUGGCCGACACCCCGAUGCCGUUCGCGGCCGUGGCGGCGCGCGAGGUCGGCGUCCCGGACGUGCAGUUCUUCACGGCGUCCGCGGCCGGCCUCAUGGGCUACCUCCAGUUCCAGGAGCUCGUGGCGAGGGAGAUCGUCCCGCUUAGCCCCGCCUACGAGACCGACGGCUCCCUCGACGCGCCGCUGGACUGGGUGCCCGGGAUGAAGGGCGCCCUGCGGCUCAGGGACAUGCCCACGUUCUGCCGCACCACGGACGCCGACGACUGGCUGCUGCACUUCCACGUCCACCAGAUGAAGAUCGCCGCCGCCUCCAAGGCGGUCAUCCUCAACACUGUCGACGACAUGGAGAAAGACGUCCUCGACGCGCUCGCGCCGCUCCUGCCGCCCAUCUACACCGUCGGCCCGCUCGCGAGCGUCGUCGUAGCCUUAGCAUCCACGGCGGCGGCGGCCACGACGACGUCCACGAUGGGCGUGUUGCAGGAGGACAAGGAGUGCAUGGCGUGGCUCGACGGCAAGGCGGCGCGCUCCGUCGUGUACUUCAGCGUCGGCAGCCACGCCAGCAUGGGCGACGCGCAGCUGAAGGAGAUCGCGUCCGGUCUGGCGCGGUGCGGCUCUCCCUACCUCUGGGUCCUGAGGCCAGAAAUGGCCGCCGAGGUCGAGGUCGGCGAGGACGGCCUGGUCGUGCCGUGGUGCCCGCAAGAGGCGGUGCUCAACCACCCGGCCGUGGGGCUGUUCGUCACGCACUGCGGGUGGAACUCCAUUCUAGAGAGCGUCGUCGCCGGCGUGCCGGUGUGCAUGGCGUGGGGCAUCGGCGGCGAGCUGCCGCGGGGAGCGGGGAGCGACGAGAUAGCGGGGCUCGUGAGGGAGAUGAUGACCGGGAGGAAGGGGAAGGACGCGAGGGAGAAGACGCUGCUGUGGAAGAGGCUGGCUCAACUCAGUGCACAACAAGGCGGCUCAUCUUACGAUAACAUUGGUCGAUUGGUGGAGAAUAUCCUACUCAAGGAGAUCUGA